UUUUCUUUCCUUUUUCCACACUAAAAAAAUAAAUAAAAAAAUAUAAUUUUCUAGUUACAUGUCUGAAAAACAUCAACUGGAAAUGGAAGGUGCAUCCGCCGUGGAUCACCGUUACGAAUCCCAAAAAUUAGAAGAGUAUGAAAAGAGCGCCGACGCUCCUUCUUACAUCUCAAACGCCAAUCAAAACACAGACGAUGUCGAGGCUUUACAACAUGGAACAAAGCGUGGUUUGGACGCUAGACACAUUCAAAUGAUUUCUUUAGGUGGUGCCAUUGGUACCGGUCUUUUCUUGAAUUCAGGCAGUAAUAUUGCAGAGGCUGGCCCUGCUGGUGCACUAAUUGCUUACUGUGUUGUCGGUUUCAUGGUUUACUGUAUCAUGACAUGUCUUGGUGAAAUGGCUACCUUUAUGCCUGUCUCUGGUUCUUUUAACCAUUAUGCUACUCGGUUUGUCGAACCUUCUCUCGGUUUUGCCCUGGGUUGGAAUUAUUGGUUUUCUUGGGCUGUUACAAUUGCAACUGAACUUGCUGCUGCUGCCACAAUCAUUAAAUACUGGAAAGAGGUAUUACCUGAUGCCGCUUGGUCCACCAUUUUCUUGGUCAUCAUUGUCGGUGUCAAUUUCUUGGGUGUCCGUAUCUAUGGUGAACUUGAAUAUUGGUUUGCUUUAAUCAAGAUCGUUAUCGUUAUUGUAUUCAUCAUUAUUGCUAUUCUCACUACUGCUGGUGCUGUUGGUGGAAAGACCAUUGGCUUUGAAUACUGGAACACUCCUGGUGCUUUCAACAAUGGUGCUGUUGGCACAGUUAGUGUGCUUUUGUCAGCUGGUUUCUCUUUCCAGGGUACCGAAGUUGUUGGUAUCACCGCUGGUGAAGCAAAGAAUCCCACAAAGACUGUUCCUCGCGCUAUUCGUAACACCUUUUGGCGUAUCAUUAUUUUCUAUAUUUGCACCAUCUUGUUAUUAAGAAUGUGUAUUCCUUUCGAUGACAAUGAUUUACAAACCGCCGAUGGUGGACCUGGUACUGCUUCAUUCACUUUGGUUUUCAAGUUGGCUGGUAUUGCUGCUGGUGCCGAUGUGAUUAAUGCCAUUGUCCUUACCAGUGUCUUAUCUGCUGCUAAUUCAUCUUUGUACACUACCUCUCGUACCCUUUUGGGUCUUGCUCGUGAUGGUAACGCACCUGCUUUUCUUGGCCGUGUUAAUCGACAUGGUGCACCCUACAUGGCUGUCCUCUUUUCUUCAGUCGUUGGUUUUGCUUGUGUCUUUGUCUCGAUUUAUAGUGCCGAGGUUGCUUUUGUUUGGUUCUUGAGUAUUACAGCCGUCAGUGGAUUUAUCAGUUGGGCUGGUAUCUCUGGUGUUCAUAUUCGAUUCCGUCGUGCUUAUGUCCGACAAGGUAGAAGUGUAGCUGAACUCCCAUAUAAAGCCUUUGGAUACCCCUUCAGUGGUAUCUUUGCUACUGUGCUCUGUAUCUUGAUUAUUCUUGGUCAAGGUUAUACUGCUUUUACGCCUCAAUUUGAUGGUCUGACUUUUGUUAUGAACUAUAUUGGUAUUCUUCCUUUCUUGGUUUGUUAUAUUGGUCACAAGUUGGUUACCCGAAAGAAGGUGAUUCCUUUGGAAGAAGUUGAUUUCGAAAGUGGUCGUGUCACUCGAUUUGAUAUCGAAAAAGAUAACGAAGAAGUUGAUGAAGCAAUUGCCAAAUUACCUAAAUGGCAACGUUACAUGAAGAAGACCCUCAAUGUCAUUUCUUAAAUUUUUUUUUAUUAUUCUAAACUCCACACUAUAUGUAAUUCUAUAAACCCCUAAUAAUAAUCUUUUUUUUUUUCUUAUCUAUUUUUUUAUUAUCUUUUUAAUGUACCGCCAAAAAUAAAAAGUAGCACAUGACUCAUGUAUCCUAUUUGCCUUUUACAGAAAC